UCAUUUUGGAAAGUCAUUACCAUGUCACUCCUUUCAGUGAAUGUUUCAAGAGAAAGUAGAGCCCUUCAGAAUCAGAUUCAUUUAAUUUGACCCCGGGUGGCGGAGUCACAUUAAUUUACAGAAUGUAUUUGACAAAGUAUAUACGUACAAGAAAUAUCCCAUAACGAGUUAGCGUGGAGAUCCCAAAGUGCACUUCUUGAAUUCAUCCGGAGUGGAUCCUGCUGUGAUCUGGCACUUACCGAGGUGCUGUGAGAGAGAUUUAGAUUCUGCAUGUCGCAUAUUUGCACAUUAAACUUGGUUAACGUCAGUGUGUUUGUACACCUUUAUUAAAUGAUGACAGGCUGACACAGUGAAACACCUGUGACCUAGCACACCUUCACCUUUUACAGUCCUCAGUGCUUAACCAAAACCAUAAGGUCAUCUCUGUUGACAGACCUUUUUUUACUGCAGCAGUGAAAUAAAGUCUGUGACAUCACUUCUCAACAUGGGGAACAAACACACCGGCAGUAAAUGUAUUGCAGCGAUACAUUUGCAUGAACAGCAGACAGAACACACGCAGUUUUGUGCUCUACGCUCCCGAUCGGGAAAUAAGCAGGUCUGCAGGUCUGUUUCCUCCUGCUUCCCUGGGGGGUCAGAGGAGGACUAGUCGAGGACCAUGCAGUAAUGCCACACAUACUGAGAGGAAGUACAAUGGUUCCCUUGCUGCUGCUGCUGCUGCAUCUGCUGCCUGGAGCGCUGGCUGAGGAAGUUUGUUAUAACAUUUCAGACAGUAAAAUUACUUUCACCAUGGCGAGCCGCGCGCUGACGGUCAGUGACGACAUCAUCGGGCAGCCCGGGCAAGUGAAGUGCUUGGCGAACAACUCCUCGUGCAUCUUCAUGUGCAACUCCAGCAACUCGUUUGAGUUCAAUGGAUCGAGACAGUGCACACAGGCUAGUUUGUCCCCUGACGGGGUCGCCAUCACCAUUGACCCCUAUUACAAUUGCACUUACCAUUUAUGCAACAGCGAGACCCUCCUGUGGCUAAUUGGCUUGCUGAAAAGGGACGACUCUUACCAGGAGAGCAUGAUGCAGCUCCUCUACUUUUGGGAUUCGUGUCCACUGCUCUUUAAAAGCAACAAUGAAAUCAAGGGGUCCUACAUACGUACUGAGAGACAGAUAAUCCAUAACAUCAUGAGGGAGUCCCAGCUUGACGCCGGCCACGGCAUACACCAGAGCCUGAGGAGCUUCACUCUGCAUGUGGCCCACAUCCGUGAGGCUGACCUCAACUCUGAAAACCCCAGGAUCCAGAUAGAGGCGCCACAGCUGCUGCCUCAGAACCAGUCGUCCAUCCCCGACGUUUGGCUGCCUGUAUCAGCCUUGAAAGACAUGCCUCAGGAGAGAAGACUUGUUGGUUUGGUCAGCUACAUCCACCACAGGCAGUUCCAAUUUGGACAGGAAGAGAUCUCCUCAAUGGUUCUCAGGAUAGAGACACUGGGUGAACAAGCCUUUUGUCAUCUGAAGACACCAAUCAAGAUGAUUUUCCGAAACAUUCCACCCUUGGAUAAUGAUAAUAACUCCUGGUUACAGUGCAACUAUUUUGAUGAAAAUGGUGGGGUUUGGAAAACAGAUGGAUGUAUCACAAAUCUCACCCAAACUGAAAUGACUUGCGACUGUGACCAUGCAACACCCUUUGCCAUCCUGCUGAUGAGGGAGCCAAUCUCACAAGUCCACUGGCAAAUCCUGUCCUCCAUCAGUUACAUUGGGUGCGGCCUGUCUGCGUUCUUCACUGCUCUGUCCCUGGUGAUUUACGUGUUCAGCCGAAACCACAGAUUGGAUCUCUCCAUCUCCAUCCACGUAUCUCUGAGCGGGGCCUUGUUCCUGCUCAAUUCCACCUUCCUGUUGACCGAGUGGGGGGCCACGGUGGAGCUGGACUGGGUGUGUGUGUUUGUCGCGGCCUUCAUGCACUACUCCCUGCUCUGCUGUUUCACCUGGAUGGCCAUAGAGGCCCUUCACCUCUACCUGCUGCUGAUAAAAGUGUUCAACACCUACUUUAAGCACUACCUGGCUAAACUGUCUUUCGUCGGAUGGGGGAUCCCGGCUGUCAUCGUGGCCGUCUCUUUGAGCGUGAAGGACUUCAAACAGUUUUAUGGAGUUACACAAAUGAAGAUGGCCGGUACGAACCAAACCAACGCCAUCUGCUGGAUCACAGAUGACUCCUUCUUCUACUCCUUGAACCUGGUGUAUUUCACCCUCAUAUUCAUCUUCAACACUGGCAUUCUGAUCGCGGUGGCCUCGAAGGUCUGCAAAAUGAGACGGGCCAAGCCAGCGACUCAAGGUGACCACGUGAGGUUCGGUGAGACCUGCAGGAGCAUCAUCACCGUGAUGGGUAUCACAUGCCUGAUGGGGACCACCUGGGGUCUGGCCUUCCUGGGGGCAGGAUACGUCAACUACACCAUCCUCUACCUUUUCUGCAUCCUCAACUCCACGCAAGGUUUCUUUAUUUUCCUGUGGAUCUGUCUGUCGGCCAAGAGGCAAAGGAAGACAGACAUGGAGGAGAGACUGACGUCCUCUGCUGUGAAGACCUCGGCAGUCAAAUUCGAUUAGACCGCUACAGGUCCUUGGCCCGACCCCAAUCUGUCCCUUUCACACACUUACACUUUAUUGCACAAUCCUGCAAAGUCCAGGAGGCUUCAGUUCUGUCCCACUGUCAAAUCAUUGAGCGUUUCAGGGGUUCAACUUGAACCUUUUAUAAACUCUUUCCAAUUAAUCCGCUUUUCUGCUGACUGUGCCUGAGUUACGCAUAAUUACGCAUAAAACAAAGGAGAAGACGUAAGACAAUGUCACGUUGUUAUGGCGCCUAAAUGAUCAAGCACUUGUGUAAUCAUGACGUUGCAGGAACGGAAACGCUCACAUGUAACCCUCCUGACGUGUCAGCUGUCAACUUUCCCUGAACUUUACUUGUGUAACUUUAAAGUUUUCAGUUAACAUUAGCAAAUGUAUUGGUCUGUGUGUUGUUUAGCUUUUGUGAUUUAGGUACAGCUGUGUCCUUAACUAAC